ACUUGCUCUCCACGCCGCGCGCACAGAUAUGAAACGACCGCCGAAACUCUCCUGUCUCGACGCAAGCGUUCUCCGCGAGGUCGCGGCAGUCAAAGUUGCGCCGUUCCUCGCGCGCCGCGUCUGUUCGGAGCGCUCGCGCAGUGGACGGCCGUAAGCGCGCGCGCUGAUCCGGAGGAACGCCGCUUCGCCGCCCUGUCGGCAAAACACUCCGGGAGCCAGAGAGAAACGCGUCGCGGGCUGAUCCGCGCGUUUAUUCGAUCCGCGCUCUCCCUCCGUUCGCGAACGCGCGCCUCGGUCGGGAUCGCCGAAGCCGGAGGGACACUUGGAGAGACUUUGUUCGCGGCCGGACACCUGCGCGUCCGCUUCACCUCGUGGCGAAACGUCGCUCUGAACCGCGGUGUCUUUUUCGCGCGGAGUGGAUUUUUUUUGGGGCUCGAUCGUUCCGUGGGUCCGUGUGUGCGUGCGUGCGCGCGCGUGCGCGUGUGUGCGUGCGUGCGUGUGUGUGUGUGUGUUUCUGAAGAUCAGACACGCUCCUCCUGAUCGGGUGUUUUCUCAUUGCGAUCUGUUUCCAUGUUUUUAGGUUUAUGUGAUAUUUCUAAAAAUGCAUCAUCACCAUCAUCAUCACCAUCAUCAUCAUCAGAGAAUGGCCGCGUUAGGGACGGAUAAAGAACUGAGCGAUUUGCUGGAUUUCAGCGCGAUGCGAAACAGCGAUUUGAAAAUGUUCCCCACAUCAAUGAUGUUUUCCCCUCCUGUCAGCAGCGGGAAGAACGGACCCACGUCCCUGGGAAGCGGACAUUUCUCUGGCUCAAAUCUGGAAGACAGAGCCAGCUCGUCUUGGGGAAACGGAGUCCGUGCCGCGAAGAAUUACGCUGACGGCUCUCAGUACAGUCACAUGGCCAGUCGGGACCUGGGGUCACAUGACAGCAUCUCUCCUCCGUACGCUAACUCCAGACUAGCAGGUAAAACGGAGCGAGCGUCGUAUUCUUACGGACGGGACGCCAGCAUUCACGGCUGUCAGUCGAGUCUCAUGGGAGGCGAGGUGGGGAUGGUCAGCCCGGAGACGGUGUCUCCCACCAAACUGGGCUCUCAGUAUUACCAGCAUUACGCAGGGAACCCGCGCCGAAGAGCCCUUCACAGCGACUCCAUGGAAGUCCAGACGAAGAAGGUUCGGAAAGUUCCUCCCGGACUGCCCUCAUCAGUAUACGCCCCAUCUGCCAGCACUGCCGAUUACAACCGAGACUCACCGGGUUACCCGUCCUCUAAAGCACCGGGCGGCAGCUUUCCCAGUUCCUUCUUUAUGCCAGACGGUCAUCACAGUACAGACCCAUGGAGCUCGUCUGGCAGUAUGAAUCAACCCGGAUACAACAGCAUGCUGGGAAACUCCACACACAGCGCUCAGAGCAGCAGCUACUGCGGCCUUCAUCCGCACGACAGACUCAGUUACCCGUCACACUCGUCAGCUGAGAUUAACCCCAGUCUUCCUCCCAUGUCCAGUUUCCAUCGCAGCGGCGGGACGAAUCACUACAGUACGGCGUCCUGCUCCGCAACAACCAACGGGACAGACAGCGUCAUGGCGAAUCGAGCGUCGAGCGGAGCGGCCAGCAGCUCACAGACGGGAGACGCGUUAGGAAAGGCUCUGGCUUCAAUCUAUUCCCCCGAUCACACCAAUAACAGCUUCUCAUCCAACCCCUCCACUCCUGUGGGAUCUCCUCCCUCGCUCACAGCUGCCGGCUCGGCCGUCUGGUCCAGAAACGGUCAGGGAGCCUCGUCCCCGAGCUACGAGCCGCCGCUGCACUCUCUGCAGAGCCGUAUCGAGGACCGUCUGGAGCGGCUGGACGAUGCUAUCCACGUGCUCCGGAGUCACGCGGUCGGUCCGUCCACAGCCAUGCCCGGAGCUCACGGAGACAUGCACGGACUCAUCCCUCCGUCUCACGCUCACAACGGAGCCAUGAGCGGCCUGAGCGCCGGAUACAGCGGAGGACUGCUGCCCUCCAACAGACACUCGCUCAUGGUCAGCGGUCAUCGCGAGGACGGCCUGAGGAGCGCUCACUCCAUCGUAGCCAAUCAGGUGUCAGUACCGCAGCUUCCUGUGCAGUCGGCCACGUCCCCCGACCUCAGCCAGUCCGAUCCGUACAGGGCGCUCUCCGGAGGUCUUCAGGGUCAGAGCACCUCGUCCGUGAGCUCAGAGAUCAAGUCUGAAGACGAGGGAGACGAGAACCUGCAGGACGGAAAGUCUCUGGACUCCAAGAAGGAGGACGUGGACAGCAAGGACCUGAAAGCUAUAGAGAGUAAUAACGACGACGAGGACCUGACCCCGGAGCAGAAGCUGGAGCGAGAGAAAGAGCGGCGCAUGGCUAACAACGCCCGCGAGCGGCUGAGGGUCCGAGACAUCAACGAGGCCUUCAAAGAGCUGGGUCGUAUGGUGCAGCUUCACCUGAAGAGCGACAAACCCCAGACCAAGCUCCUGAUCCUUCAUCAGGCCGUCGCCGUCAUCCUCAGCCUGGAGCAGCAGGUCCGAGAGCGCAAUCUCAACCCAAAAGCGGCGUGUCUGAAGAGGCGGGAGGAAGAGAAGGUGUCGUCGGACGGUGCUCCGCUCUCAUUGGCCGGCGGUCACCACAGCAUGGGCGAGGCGUCCAAUCCCAUGGGACAAAUGUAAAGAGCCACACCCCGUAAAUGGUCGAAGCUGCCAGAAUUCAUCAAAAUGAUGAGCGAUCACUUCCUUUGACAGCGUCAUUUCUGCCCCGACCGCCAGUCAAACAAUCAAUCGAGCGAGCGAGCGAACGAACGAACGAACGAACGAACUUCCAUCUGACCGACUGAACUCCUGCGCGUUACCGUUCCUGACUGCGUCUGUGAGGAUUGAUCCUGUAAAUUAGGGAGUUGGCGCCGGAUUCGUUGUGCAUAUCUUCCUCCAAGCAUUCCCUGUUGCAAAAGACGUUUUUACACACACACGCGCACACACACACACACACACACACACACACAAAAGAGCGCCGGGCGAUUCUUCAAACAUAUCAUGAUGUUGUGGAGGUGUGGGGAGCGAUCCUGUCCACACCGUGGAGCUUUUUGUAGCUGUGCCUCACGGAACUCCUUACGGAAAAACAAGAAUUGACGAAAUUCCCAAUCAGUCGGGACGAAAGAGGAGCCGUCAAUCAAACGACCCGGACCGGAUUUCGACGAAAAACCCUUCAAACCUUUGCAAUAAUGCCGUUUUAGUUCCUUUGAAACCAGCACGGAACCCCCUGGGCUCGUUUGCGCGAACUUCCCGCGGAAGUCACCGCUCUAUCCGUUUAUCCGCUUGUUUCUUAGCCAUCGACUCUACCCGAAAGCCCCUCCCGGACCCCGAAGAUGCAAUUUUAACAUGUGGAAACUUCAGCCAACGUGCCUUUUAGAGCUCAUAUCAUCACACAACUGGAGGAGAACAUUAUCUAGGAUGCAAGCGUGUAGGAAACGUUAGUCGUUAGGUCUAUGCAGUCGGGUUUUUUACGACCUGGAGUUUAAAAAAAAAAGUUACAAAAAAAAGUAAAAAGGUUAAAAAAAGUAUUUUUUGGAUAAACUGUAUUUAAUGUACUGUACGGCUAUAUGUAAUUAGAAGGUGUGUCCAGCCCCGUGUGGCCCCGCCCACAGCCCCGCCCACCUGUUACCGUCGUUAUUGAGCAUUGUAUUAUAGAUAUCCGCUUUUACGAAGCUUACAGGCUUGUUGUUGAGCCGCUGUAGUACAAAUGUGUGGUCGUACGUGUAUAAAAUGGCUUUUUCUCUUUUUUUUAUCUCUCUAUUCUUCGUCUGUACUGGUUUCUCUGUCAAAAAAAUGGAAAAAAAUGGACGGGAGGCACUGGAAGUGGACACAAAUCUAUUAGAAAAAUCGAUAUAUAUAAAUGUAGAAAUAUAUACAGUAUAUAAAGAGACGGAAAAAGGAGUUCACCAGGAGCGUUUUUCAUUCUGUAAAGCCGAGCGGAGACGUCGCCGACGACGUGACUCUAUUUUUCAUAACGUCGCCGCGAUUAUAACGGCGGCGAACGACACUCUCGCCGGGAAAAAAAACGCCGACGAAUCGGCCGGCGAAGGAAAAACACACACGGACAUUUGUAAAUUGUAUGCAACAAAUGCAAACGUACCAUUAUUUUGAAAUUGUGUAUGUAAAAGUUAUAUUUUUACAUGUAGGCUGUUGUUAUUUUGUGUUUUAGAAAUGCGUUGUAUCAGUUCUUCUCUUUUGUUUUUUCAGAGAAAAAUACUUCAUUGUGUGUUGAAACGUGUCGCAUUGAAAAUGUAGUGAAAAAAAAACGAAACAAAAACAGUACGUUUAUAUUUGCGGGAACAUUUUUCUUUUCUAUAACGGUGGGUGGUUGGGGGUCGGGAAUCGAUGCUAUACGAUUACUCUCUCAUCCUCUUUCAUCAUUACGUUGUCUUUUUUUUUUAUUUUUUUUUAUCGAGUAUUUUCUGUGUAAAUAGACGCGGGUCGACGACCCGCCGUUGAUCAUGUGGCCUGGUGAGGACGUGAUUGAUUAGCGUUAACGUGCGUCAACAAUCAGACCUUUAUUUACAUUUUCACUUUUGUAAAGAGACAUCGCUGAAGGGAUCGAAACGACGACUCGGAUGUGCUGCGCGUUCGCCGCCGGCCCUCGGGCGCAAAACUUAGGCCUGAGUUUGAUACGAAAUUCGGACAACAACGGUUUUAACAAACCAAUAAUCGUAGCGUGAUGCGUAUUUGUCAGUCGUGCAUAAAGGAAACCAAACUAAACGAUUUAUAUUUUUUAGCGUCGGUAAUCCAAUUCGCUUCAGUUUCACGGAUUUUAGCUAAUUCCUGUGGAAACACGAUAUAACAAAAAAUUACGAAAAUUUCGAAUUUUUGAAAAAAAAUCGCGCAAUUCGGACUUUUUUGUUUAUAUCUCACAAUUAUUUUUUUUUUCUCGCUAUUUUAUUUCAUGCCUCAUGUUUCUGAGAUUUUAUUAAUAUUAUACAUGUACAUUUUUUUAUAGUAUUUAGCGAAUUUUGACUUUUCGCGCAAUUCGUACUCGAAAUUCGUUUUUAUUCUUGCAAUUCUGACAUUGUAUCUCACAAUUAAACCUUUUUUUUCGCGAUUGCACGAUAUGCAGUUUUGCGUUAAUAUCUCAAAAUUCCGACAAUCUGCAUUUGUAAUUUUUCUCGCUUAUUUGUUUCCGCCAUGAAAUAAAACCUAAAAAUUCGGAUUUUUUGUUUCGCAGAACUGUGGAGGAAAAAAAACGGAGAAUUGUGACAUUUUCUUAAACGUCUUAUUUUACAUUUUUCAAUUCAGACUGUUUCCUCACAAUUUUAUAUCUCGCGAACAUUCUGCAUUUGUAUCUAAAUUUCCAACGUUGCUCCUCUGAAUGCUUUUUGUUUGUUUCUUUAUUGGUUUCCGCCAUUGGAUAAAAAAUUAAAAAAGUUAACUGCAACUUUUAAAUCUCGAAAUUGCAAGAAAUAAAUCUGGAUUGCGCGAUAAAAUAAUUUUAAUCCCUGAAAUAAGCAUCCAUACAAUUUAGCUUGUUCCUCAACCGGCCAUAUUUUAUAUAUUAACUAUAUAAAUAUUUAUUUACCGAUUCAUGCUGAUUUUAAUCAACGUGAAUGAAUGCAUGCUGAUUAUUUAUCGAUGCAAUUAUUUUUUUGUACAGUACGUUUCAUUAUGCGACGGACAGAAACGCAUCGCAUCAGGUUGCCGUGUUAACGUUAAAACUCCGUAAUCCAAAUUUCAUAUCGCGUAAAUCAUAAACGAAGGCCUAAAUAUGCUUUUAUUUCCUUUCUUUUUUUGCAAACGUGCACAAUAUCAUGGGUUUUUCUACUUGAUUUGCAGGUUUAAAAAAAACGAUUGCCGAAAACACUCCAGCAAAAGCCUAGUAUUGAAAAGUGUGGUACAUCUGUACUUUUGCAUUGCUUCAGACAUGCUAGUGUUCUUGUCCUUCAGUAAAUUUUCAACAUCUGAAGUUGUAUUUUGCCAGUGCUAAAGAUGUUUGACUGAUUCUCUCCUCGUGCCACAUCAUGUUGUUGUAGCCAAUUGAAUUACUAUGAUUGCAGUGGAAAAGAUGAUGUUUUCCUCUUGGUUGUUCAUAAUGUACAUACUUGUUCUUGCUUUUACGAACUGAUUUUUUUUAGUCCAAUGCAGAACUGAACUGUAAGCGAUCUUUUCCAUCCUCAGAAAGCAAACCUGGGCAGUGUCAUCUCUGUUUAUUUAAGUGCUCCUCGUGUGGAGGAUUGUGAGAUAAAGAUUAUUUGACGCAAACAGCAACGUACAGCUGGUUUUUGCUGCUUUCUCGGCUCGUUUGUCGGACGGAUGCGUUGUCUUUGUCACUUGAGUGUGAUUUCAAUAAAGAGAGACGAUCUAGAAGCUCAAAAGA